AUGGAGCGUCCGGGUUAUGCUUGCCGUAACAUCUCCGCCUCCGCUGCUCUUCAGACCAGAACCCACGUUAGCUACGAUAUCAAAGGAGAUGUCGCAGUCGUGCGUUUCAACACACCAAAUUCAAAGGUAAACACUCUAUCCAGACAACUGAACUCGGAGUUUACAGAUGUAAUGAAUGAGAUCUGGGCCAACGAAGCUGUCAAAAGUGCCGUCCUCAUCUCUUCAAAGCCAGGCACUUUCAUUGCUGGAGCAGAUAUCGACAUGAUUGAAGCCUGCAAGACUGUUCAGGAGGUGACUCAGCUCUCUCAGGAAGGACAGAAGAUGCUAGAAAAAAUUGAGCAGUCUCCAAAGCCCAUAGUUGCUGCCAUCAGUGGCUCCUGCCUGGGAGGAGGACUGGAGGUUGCCAUUGCCUGUCACUACAGAAUAGCGACAAAGGACAAGAAAACCAUCUUGGGAACACCUGAAGUGUUACUGGGUCUCCUGCCAGGGGCAGGGGGUACUCAGAGGCUGCCAAAGAUGGUGGGAGUUCCUGCUGCCUUUGAUAUGAUGCUGACCGGGAGGAACAUCCGUGCUGACAGAGCAAAGAAGAUGGGUCUGGUUGAUCAGCUGGUGGACCCACUCGGGCCGGGUGUGAAGACUCCAGAAGCACGGACGAUUGAGUACUUGGAGGAGGUAGCAAUUGGCUUUGCCAGAGGACUAGCCAACAGGACCGUGUCUGCCAAAAAAUAAAAAGGGCUGAUGCAGAAGAUAACAGACUAUGCUAUGGCUCUCCCGCUUGUGAGGCGGCAAGUCUACAAGACAGUGGAGAACAAAGUUCAGAAGCAAACCAAAGGACUCUACCCUGCUCCACUGAAGAUCAUCGAGGUGGUGAAGACGGGUCUUGAUCAGGGGCGUGACGCUGGAUACCUCACUGAAUCCCAGAGCUUUGGCCAACUGGCAGUGACGAAGGAAUCCAAGGCGCUGAUCGGACUUUACCACGGGCAGGUGCGCUGCAAGAAGAACAAGUUUGGGACCCCUCAGCGAGAGGUCAAGACCCUGGCAGUGCUGGGAGCAGGGUUGAUGGGAGCUGGGAUCGCACAGGUUUCGGUGGAUAAGGGGCUGAAGACCAUCCUGAAGGACACAGCACAACAAGGCUUGGACAGAGGACAGCAGCAGGUCUUCAAGGGGCUGAACAGCAAGGUGAAGAAGAAGAGUCUGACAUCCUUUGAGAGGGACUCCAUUCUCAGCAACCUCACAAGCCAGCUGGACUACAAGGGCUUUGAGAAGGCAGACAUGGUGAUCGAGGCCGUGUUCGAGGACAUUAACAUCAAGCAUAAAGUGCUGAAGGAGGUGGAGGCCGUGAUCCCUGCUCACUGCAUCUUCGCCAGUAACACGUCUGCCCUCCCCAUCAGCCAGAUUGCUGCUGCUAGCAAGAGGCCGGAGAAGGUGAUCGGGAUGCACUACUUCUCCCCCGUUGACAGAAUGCAGCUGCUGGAGAUCAUCACCACGGACAAAACAUCCCAGGACACGGCCGCCUCCGCUGUUGCUGUUGGCCUCAAACAGGGCAAGGUCGUCAUCGUGGUAAAGGACGGGCCUGGCUUCUACACCACCAGGUGCCUGGGGCCGAUGCUGGCAGAAGUUGUCCGAGUUCUCCAGGAGGGCGUUGACCCAAAGAAAAUAGACGCCAUCUCUACAGCCUUCGGCUUUCCUGUCGGCGCUGCCACGCUGAUCGACGAGGUGGGUGUGGAUGUGGCCGCACACGUGGCUGAGGACCUCGGCAAGGCCUUCGGCGAGCGCUUUGGAGGAGGGAGCAUCGAAUUGUUCAAGGUCAUGGUUGAAAAAGGCUUCUUAGGUCGCAAGGCAGGGAAAGGCUUUUAUCUUUACCAGGAGGGGGUGAAGAACAGGAGUGUGAAUUCUGGCAUGGAUGAGAUCUUGGCACGGUUCAAAGUGCCAGCCAAACCCGAAGUCUGCACUGAUGAGGACAUCCAGAUGCGCUUGGUGACGAGGUUUGUGAACGAGGCAGCCAUGUGCCUGCAGGAAGGGAUCCUCAGCAACCCCGUGGAGGGAGAUAUUGGUGCUGUGUUCGGCUUGGGCUUCCCACCGUGCCUGGGAGGUCCCUUCAGGUACGCAGACUCCUACGGAGCCAAGCAGCUGGUGGACAAGCUGCGGAAGUACGAGGCCGUCUACGGCAGCCAGUUCACGCCGUGCCAGCUGCUGCUGGGCCACGCCAACAGCCCGAGCAAGAAAUUCCACCAGUGAGCGUGGCCCCGGUGCCGCCCACCCGUGACACACCGACACCUCGAGCCGGGGCA